AUGGAAAUAUUCACAGGAUGCCCUAGCUGGGAACCACGCUUACUGUGGUGUCUACGUGAUUGGGAGCUGACGCACGAGCAACACAAGGAACUCGCAAUUCUCAAUAUCACCUUUGGCGCGUCGGUGACAAUAAAAGAUAAUUCUGGAAAGACGCCUCUUGAUUACUAUGAUGAUAACGAAUGUGAAAGAUACGAAGAAUCCACAAGAAGAGAGAAAAAGACAAAAUUAAAAAAUUUACUUAAAGAACUAUCAAUUCCGUCAGAGAUUUUAGCCAGGGGUCCCGAUGCGGUCAAAGCAUUCAAAGAUGCACUUAAAAACGGUGAAAUAACAGUUGUUAAUUCAAGACUGAUGUUCCUAGGUAACGAGGGUUCUGGAAAAUCAUCUUGUGUCAAAGCCAUGCUUGGGAAAGAAUUUGAUAAGCAUGAGCCUUCUACUGCUGGUAUUGUUACAACUACUGUCUUUCAAAGUGUAGGCAAAAAUUACAUCAAAUGGGAGGAACAGAAGGAUGUGGAUGUUUGUGACCUAACCAAGCAAAUACUCUGA